AUGGGCGUGAGCGUGGGUGGCCCGGAUGCAAGUCUGUCGGGUAGGUUUGGGUCGUGCCCUGAUUUUGCUUCACUCGACGCGCUGCUUUUAUCAUCGUGCAUAAAUAAUAUGAGCACGUCUGAGUUGGUGGCCAAGAUGAACAUCGAUUCCGCCGAUGCGAAUACGAGCACACCUAAGGAGUUAAAUAGUACUGAGGUAGGAGAUAUGGAUUGGACAGAGGGCUUCCGGUCUAAAUCCGAGGAUAAAUCAGCUGAUACGGCCAGUGCUGAUUAUGCGCAGGCUGCACAAGAGCGAGCCACAAAUACCUUGGUACAUAGGCACUCGUCACACAACCCUACGUCUGAUCACUUCCGAAAGCAUAACCAAUCCCUCCAGAUGUAUCUCAAUGACACCAAGGCCAAGCAACAACGUCAACUAGUGCAUCAGAAUAGUGUCGACAGUUUUGGAUCGUAUCAGGGACCGUCAACGACUCACAGUUUGAUGUCAUCGACUCGAGCCUCGAGUAUGUCGUUAGAUCCACUCGAUGAAACAACUUUACCCGUCAGAUCAGCAUCGUUGCAAGCUCAGAACAUCAAUACACAGUCACACACACACAAUGGGUCCCAAAUAGGGGCGGUGUAUCCGAUUCCCCCGAUGAACAGUCCGAAAAGAGACCCGCAGGUGCCUUCACGGAGGCACAGACGGGGCGGGAAUGAACUGCUGAGACCUUUCACCUGUAGAUAUAAGGGCUGCACCAACCGUUACCAAGCCUGGCGAAGUCUGCAGUACCACAUGUCCAGUAAGCACCUAAUCAAGACAAAAUUAGUGCGGAACAGAAUUGCCGUCUUGGAUGCAAACGGCGCGGAUCUGUCCCGGUUCGACCUCGACGUCAACUAUGAUUUCACCGACCGGGACGGGGUGUUAUUACAUCGAAGCGGGAGUGAGGGUGGGGCCGCCAACGGCGGUACCGAACUUCCUCCUGGAGGGCAAGUGGGUAAGCGGUCACAGACCCCAUCAGAUACUGAGCUGGAGAUCUGGGAUGAAGCCAGAAAGAUGCUGCAGGCCACCACCAAUCCAGGUACACUGAAAGAGGGGGUGGCUGUCAGACCCGACUUUGACUAUAGAGAGAACAAGGCUCACUCGUCCAACGGGCAGCAUGAUAAAGACAUGUACGGCAAUACGUGUGAAAGAUCGAAUUCGCAGCCGCAGGGUGAACAGGGGUUGGUCCGCGGGAUAAGUCAGUCCCAUGACGAGUCCAAGUCAGCGCCUAACAGUGCGGGCCUGGACCGGAGCUUAACUGCGGAAGACAUGUAUGCAAGCGAGCGGGAGGGGAUCUACGGUGACAGUGGCGACGGUCCGUCUCAGUCGCACGCUAGUGCUAACUUUAACGCUAACACUGCGAGGCCUUCAAACGGUGAAGGUGCUCGAUGUAUGCGAAGUGAUGUUUGUCUGCCGAGUGGGUGGUCAGCACCCUUGCAGGGCGAGGAUCAAGAUCAGGCUCAUUCUCAGGCUCGAGCCCAAGGCCUAGGACAGCGAGCGCGGGAGUGGGGUAGGAGCGCCCACAAUGUAGGUAUGGCAGCUAUUACGGAUGAUACUGCACUCGUAUCAGCCGGUAAAGUAGGAGGACAUUCGCGAAGGCACAGUACGAACGGGGUAUUGGUCACCGACUUGCCGCCACAGCCGCUUCCGAAUGUGCAGUCAUAUGGGAGCAGCCACACGCACGAGCUGGGACGCAACCAAGCCAGACAGCACCAGUAUAAUACGGGUAUGCCGGAACCCACCUUUCACGGGCAGAUGGGAAGCAGUGCGAAUCAGGGCUCGGAUGGGCUUCUAGAGUCGGUGUUGAAGUCGAAUAUGAACGCUGGGGUGAAGGCUGAAACGGGACAAAGCAUGGUCUCAGGUGUGGAGGCGCAAACUUCCAUGAUGUCUGAGAGUAUGGAUACGAAUAGACUGGGUUUUGGUAACUAUGGCGAAGAUCUGGAUAACUACUAUGCCAGACUGUUUGGUUCUGGUAUGCCGGGUGCUGGGUUGGAUCCGAUGCAGGUGGCGUCGAACGACUCCCCGUCGGGAUUAGAUCUAUAUCUGGCGAAUAGUAUGGGCUGCAUCAGUGAAGGGGAGACAUAUAAUAUCGGUACUAUGGUGCAAGAUGGGAUGGGUAUAAGUAGUAUGCGAUCCAUCUCGUCGCGGCCCGUCAACACAAUACCGGAAGUGCAAGAGGACACCUCAACUGAUAAUAGUCUGAUGCGGCGAUGGCCGGGGGGUCAGCCGUUCCUGUCAAACAUCAAUGGCCUGUCGUCUGAUGUGGCCGGUAUUACAUCGCCGUUCUGGUUCCAGUCCAUGCAGAACUCGCAGCAAACCGGCACCGAUCAGAACCCACCGAACCACAGCCACAACUCACAUAAUCGUCAACAACUUCAACACAACACCUUUAACAACCAUCAACAGCGGCAGCAACUACAACAACAGCAACAAAUACAGCAGCAGCAACAAAUACAACAGCAACUACAACAAGGGCGGCAACAAAUACAACAGCAACUACAACAAGGGCAGCAACAAAUACAACAGCAACGCCACGGAAUGGGGGAUGAUAGUGACCUGCGUAAUCCAAGCGCCAUGUGGAACGAUAGCGGUGGCGUGCACCGGACUUUGAGUGAUACCCUAAUCCGUACUCCAGACGAGCGUAACGUACACAUGUCGUUGAAUAGGCUGGCAGCCACUAACUCCAGUUCAAUGGGGCAACACCCGGCCCUGUCCAUGGCGACAGGGGCGGUGGUUAACAGUGGAUCAUUGCGGCAUAGCACGCCGGGGGUGUUCAAGUUCCCAACGAGUUCGUAUACUUUUCAGAAUAGUGGGAAUAUGAUGGACAUGUCGACGUCAGGUGGCUCUGGGUCGGGGGCUACGAUGGAGGAUUCGACGGGGGGGGGUGCUGCGUGGCUGAAUAGUAAUGUAACGUCGACUAAUGCGUUAUACACAGCUAUGGAAGAGGUGGUGAAUGGGAAAGGAGACAAAGUUACGUAA